UCGUCAAAAAUAUUGUCAAAAUUGGUAAAAUGGCGAUCAAUUACAGUUCCAGCGUACUAAAUAUAUAGUAUUAUUGAAUAUCACUAUCAGUGGUUAAAAAGGAGAUUAAAAUUGAAAACACUUUGAAAAUUGUCAAAAGUUGUUUUGGUGUUGUUAAGUUGUUAUUAUUCUGUUACAUAUUGGUUGUUUUGUUACGGUAAAGUAGUACUUUUCGCGUUUUCCUUUUGACUUUAGUAUUAUUUGAUAGUAAUUUUUCAACCUAAUGAUUUACCGUAAAAUUGCUGUUAAACAAUGAGAUAUUAUUUACUUCUGAACUGCACAUAACCUCAAAUUAUAUGAAAAUUGAAGAUUAAAAUAUUGCAAUCCUAAACAAAAUGAAGUGUUGUGUGCCUUCCUGUGAGAUGGUAGGUGAUAAUUACCUGCCUACUGUACUCGAAAAUCAGGAGCGGGUUACAUUUCAUGAGUUUCCUACAAUACCCUGGCUUAGACAGUCAUGGCUGGUAAGGGUUGGCAUACAAGAGUGCUACUUGCCACAAAGGGCCGUGGUGUGCUCUCAACAUUUUGAGAAAAAAGACUUUAGAAUGACUAGAAGUGAUGUCAUGAAGCUCAGAAAAUACUCUGUCCCGUCUAUCGGAGUUCCAAACUCUGAAACUUUCACUACUCAAGGAGACAAAGGGAGUAAUUCCAUGCCAAGCCCCCCAAGGGACGAAGACCAGAUGGGUGAAAGAGGAUAUCCUGGAAAUUCCACUUCAGGUGUGGAAGGUCCUAGCCUUAAAGAAGAUCUUGGUGGAUGUCCAGGUGGAGAACGUGGGUUGGGAGAUUCAGGUGGAUUAUAUGGCAAGAGGGAGUCUGAUGGUAAUCCUGGUCAGGCAAAAAUGGCUGGUCCACUGUUCUGCCUGAUAUGCCUAGACACGGGAGUCAGUAAACUGUUUCCACUGAACAAGAAUCAUUUGGCGCAAGCUUAUACUAACAUAACAGGACUUGAUGUGAGCGUAGUUCGUCAUCACAUCAACACAAUCCCAAAGUUGUGUCUGGAGUGCGCCCAAAGGUUGACCAACUGUGAUACAUUCAAAUAUAAGACCAUGAAAGCACACUCAGUAUUGAACCAGCUGCUUCGGAGGGAUAAAAAUUUGACUUCACAAAGUUUAAAAUCGGUUGACAGAGUGGGUAACCUACUAACAUCUAACAUUGUGAAACACACUUUCAAACCUAAUCAUUGUGACUUAUACCUCAUACAUAAUGAAGAAAACCAUAUUAUACUAAAACAGGAAGACGUAUUAUGUAACUCCAAAGAAAAUACCGAUUUAAAAAGGGAAAAAUUUGAUGAAACCAUGUAUGAUUGCGAAAAAAGUGAAACAACUUACGAAAUAGAGUAUUUGAACGAAUUCGACGACAUCAACAACGAUGACAUGUGCUAUAAGUCUGAUAUUAAAAAUGUAAUCAGUGAAGUUAAAAAUAAUGACAAAAUUGAUAGCGGCAAUGAUAAAAAUGAUGUGUUUAUGACUUGUGACAAUGACGGUGAAGCGGAGUUCCUAGAUGAUGACAUUGGUGACGAUAUUGAUGGGAUCAAACAUGAAAAUAUUGAUAACUAUAGUAGUGAUGAAAUACUUAGCGAAUCGAAAGCUAGAAAUGAUUCAAAAAAUCUUAGGGUCUGUAAUGACAAAAAACGCAAAAGAAAAGCCAACAAACACACAAUCACUACAAUCCUAAUAGAAAAUAUUGAAGCGAAAACAAUUAAAAAACAAAACAGAGUUUGCAAAAAUGUUGUAGAACGUGUAAGAACCAAAAGGAACGAUAGGAAAUCAAAAACCACUAAAGUUAUAAGCAAAAAAGUUCGCGUUUCAGCACCAAAAAAAAGUGAAGCACAGUUAAAUAAUGAAGAAACUGUAAAACGCAAACAUAUAAGGAAACCCAAAAAGCCAGUUUCAAAUGAAAAGGACACAUUCACAAAGAUAUUAUUAACUUAUGAGGAACAGGUCGCCGAGAUACAGAAACGAAAGGACACUAAACAGUAUAAAAUGUCUCCGUACAGAUGUGAGAUGUGCUUUAAGGGAUUCUUUCAACUGGCUACUUACAACCAACAUAUGGAUAGACAUUCUGAUAAAUUCGGGCAAUACGAGUGCGCGAUUUGCGGAGGUCGCUUCAAGACCCGCAACCCGCUGGCCAAGCACCUGGUGUAUCACCGCGAGAGGUUCCGAUGCAAGCUGUGCCCAUACAGCACCAGCACUAUAUCAUUGGCGCGACAUCACGAGCGUUGGCACAGCGGCAAAACAUUCAAGUGCCAACUCUGUGAUGCUGAAUUCGGGAAAAUCACGUCAUACUUCUCGCAUAAGCGAAUAAAGCACCCUUCAGACAGCGUGUGCGCGCUGUGCGGCUUCAGCUUCAUCAGCCCCGCGGGCGUCAAGGCGCACAUUCAUCUGAAGCACCCUUUCGAAGAUAUCAAUAACUUGUCUGGUCCGUCAUGCGAAGAGUGUAAUAUUCGCUUCGCAUCUGAGACUGCGUACCAGCAGCAUAUGGAGGUGUCGCCUAAACAUGCUAUUAGUGGUGAACUCAAGCGAAACACGCCACGUCAGUUGCCGAAUUACUACUCAUUCUAUCGCGACAAGCCACGCAAGAGGCCGCUCGACAGCUCGCGUGAAAAAUCAGGCGAGAGGCCGCGCGGCAGGCCGCGUGCGGGGUCGCGUGAGAGGUCGCAUGAGGGGUCGCGCCUGUGCGAGCAGUGCGGGAAGGGGUUCCCAUCGCCGUGGUUGCUCCGGAAGCACUCGCAAGUGCACACCGGCGAGAAGAUGUUCAAGUGUGAGGUAUGCCACAAGGGCUUCAUGCACAAGACGACGUUGAAGGACCACGUAUUGAACACCCACAGCGACAACCCGCCUCGGUUCCCGUGCGGGGUGUGCCACAGGGAGUUCUCCUUCGCCGCCAACCGGCGCCGGCACAUGUCGAUACAUGAAGACACGAAGUACAAGUGUGACAUAUGUGACAAAACGUUCGCGAGCCGCCCCGGCCGGGACCAGCACGUAUCGCACGUGCACCUCAACGUGCCGCGGCCCAAGCGCAACCGCCGCGACAGACACAACUCCGUCAUACGCAGACCCAGUGUCGGCACUAGUGACUAGGACGCUAGUGAUCCUCCAGAGCACAAUACCAAGUUCUCACGGAUACAUGAAGACACGAAGUACAAGUGUGACAUAUGUGACAAAACGUUCGCGAGCCGCCCCGGCCGGGACCAGCACGUGUCGCACGUGCACCUCAACGUGCCGCGGCCCAAGCGCAACCGCCGCGACAGACACAACUCCGUCAUACGCAGACCCAGUGUCGGCACUAGUGACUAGGAC